CUCUAUAAAUCCCCCUCUACCGCUGAUUUCACCCAGAUAGGCCUCUGAACGCGAGAACUCCAGGCAUCCGCAGGUCGCCGUUUAGCGAACUUCUCAGCGGAGUGGUGCCGGGCCAGGUGACAGCGAACCUGCAGGUAUGCGAUUCGACAAAAGGGACAGGUGAGGCAGGGGCGGGGCGGUCUCGUCGCGCGUGGCGGGCGGUGCAGGUGGCAAUUCCGAGCGUCCCUCGCCUUCCUUUUCUUCGCGGACUGGGGAGCAACUAUCGGGAGGAGGGUGGGAGGAGUCGGUGUGCAGAGUAACGCAACGCGGCGCAGCCCAGAUACCCGGGCGGCCGUGCAAGGCCCCGAGACCGGAGUCCCCGCCGCAUCCCUGCAAGAACUAGGAAGGGAGGCAGAGAGAGGCGCUUGCCUCGCCUUUCCUCCUCCGGAGCAAGCGCAGGGCCUGUUUUGUCCAGAAUCGCCGCUGCGUCUGCCGAGGGUGAAAGAAACAGCCUGGCGCUGAAACGGGAACGGAAGACUUGAAUGAAGCGCCUGGAGCAAGAAUCUCCGUCCAUCCGUCGCCCCGACAGGAGAUGGCGAGUCAUCUGACCUGAAGCGCCCGUGACACCGCUGCUUCUCCUGGGGUACUUUUCAAUCAACAUGGACCAAGUGAACUCAUGAGGAGAAUGAUCAAGGCAAAAAUUGUCCCAUAUGCUGUUAUCCAAGAAGAAUUUUCCAUUGGUGCCAGUAGGUUUUCACGAAUCAUCUAAAUGAUGACAGCUAUUCUGGAACGGAUCAGCACUUUGUCCAUCAGUGGACAACAACUCCGUCGACUUCCUCAGUUCCUAGAAGAAGGAUUUCCCAAGAUGCCUUGCACAGUUAAGGAAUGCGAUGUGCCCCAACUUUUCAGAGAACCCUAUAUCCAAGCUGGCUAUCGGCCCACAGAUUUCAAGAAUGGUUUUGCCUUUAAGAAACUUCCAACUGUGGGGAUAGGUGGAAAUCGGCUUCAUGUAAACCAGUUGUCUCAAGCUGAACUUGAUGAAUUAUCUAACAAGAGACCCACCUUAACUUAUGGUGAACCUAAACAAGCCCCACCUUCAGAUUUCAUCCCAGCACACGUGGCUUUUGACAAAAAGGUGCUCAAAUUUGAUGGAUACUUUCAGGAAGAUGUUCCUAUGUCUACAGAAGAGCAUUUCCGCAUUCGUCAAGUGGGCAUUUAUUACUAUUUGGAAGAUGAUAGCAUGUCUGUCAUGGAGCCCAUUGUUGAAAACUCAGGGAUUCCUCAGGGCAAGUUCAUCAAAAGACAGCGCUUGCCCAAAAAUGAUCGCGGGGAUCAUUAUCAUUGGAAAGAUCUGAAUCGAGGAAUUAAUAUUACUAUCUAUGGCAAGACUUUCCGGAUAGUUGACUGUGAUCGAUUCACCCAGACUUUUCUGGAAAGCCAAGGAAUUGAACUGAACCCUCCAGAGCGAAUGAUUUUUGAUCCUUAUAUAGAGCUACGUAAAAUGCCUCCACGUAUGUAUGUCACCCCCUCAGAUUUUGAUCAACUUAAGCAGUUUUUGGCAUUUGACAAAAAGGUUCUUCGUUUUUAUGCCAUUUGGGAUGACACUUGGAACAUGUUUGGUGAAAGCCGGAGAUUUAUUAUCCACUACUACUUGGCAGAUGACACGGUGGAGGUGCGGGAAGUUCAUGAACGAAAUGAUGGCAGAGAUCCUUUCCCAGUCCUGAUAAGACGCCAGCGCCUGCCCAAAAUUUUUUUGGAGAAGAAAGACAACUUCCCAACCUGUGUGCUGGAGAUUUCUGAUCAGGAGGUCUUAGAAUGGUUUACAGCUAAAGAUUUUGCAGUUGGCAAACCCACUACUCUACUUGGACGCACUUUUUUCAUCUAUGAUUGUGAUGAGUUUACUCGACAAUUCUAUAAAGAUAAAUUUGGCAUCACUGACUUCCAGGCAGUUGAUGUAAAGAAGCCACUCCCAGAGGAAAUCAAACAGAUAAUUCCUCCCUACAAUGGUUAUGGUUUCCUUGAAGACUCUCUUCAAAACUGUUUCAGUUUGAUUCCACAACCCCCUAGGAAAAAUAUUAUUAAAAUGCUAGAGAAUGAUCACAAAAUUUUGCGCUAUGCUGUUAGAAUGGAAUCCACAAACCCUGAUGACAGUAAGAGACAUUUUGUCCUCUCUUAUUGCCUCGCUACUGACAUGAUAAGCAUAUAUGAACCACCUAUGCGCAACUCGGGAAUUAUUGGUGGCAAAUACCUAGGCAAAACCAGAAUUGCAAAACCAGGAUCUUGUACAGACAAUCCUGUUUAUUAUGAACCUGCUGACUUAACCAUAGGCGCUAUGAUAGAAGUGUUUGGCCACAGGUUCAUUAUUGUGGAUGCAGAUCACUAUGUGUUGAAUUAUAUGGAAAGCAAUUUGGAAAGCUUCCCAGCAUCUGUCGUACAAUCUAUGAGAAAUCAUUUUGCACCCCGUAUGGCAGCAAUAGAGGAACUAAAGAGGUUAGCUUCCAAUGAGCCUGACCCGCAGGAACUAGCUGUAGUACUGGAGCAGAUUCAGGAACACAUGAAGCGGCAUAAUUAUUUGCCGGACAGCAGUAUGCAGGAAGCUUUCCUUCAACAAGAUAAAGAUGGCUCAGGGCUUCUGAACAAAACAGAGUUCUUUGCCCUUUGUGAUCAUUUUAAAAUACCAACUGAUGACCCAGUUUUCCAAAAGCUUAUUAAAAUGUGUUCUCGUGGAGAAAAUCAAAUAAGAUACCCUGACUUCCUCAAAGCUUUCCAGUAUUGAUCAAAACUAGCAGUUACCAGCUGUACAAGAUCAAUUUCGAUUAAAAACGCUAAUUAUUGAAAGCUGCUCUGGUAUUCCUUCUUUUUUCUACCAUAUACUCAAGUUAUCAUUUUCCAGGUUACUUGAAAAAAACAAGUCUUUCACAGCUCUGAUCCUUCUAAGAGUGAGGGUGGUUAUCUCAAUGCAUAUAAUUAUGGGUAGUUCUUAUUUUAUUGCUUGGGGAGCAAAUGACACUUGUGGGAUUCUGUAACUAUACUUUAAAAGACCUUUAGCAAUAUUUUAAUCAGUUAUGAACAAUAUGCCUGUCUCUCACAGUAUAUCCCAGCUGAUUCAGUCUGGCAUGCUCUGACUGAACAUGCUCUGGGUUCCAUCUUUCAGUCCCUGGAAGUGUGCCUUUUCUGUAGCAGUGCCUGUGCUCUGGGAUGUGGUUCUCCCGAGAUCUAAUGGGUCCAAA